AAGUAAAAUAUUUGCAAUCAGUAAUUCGGAACCACCAAAACACUUUCUAUGUGAAUCGCCCACAUUCAUAAACGUAGUAUUCAUUUGGGACGACAUAUAAUACGCCCAGAAGAAAUCAAAUCUCUAAAAGCUAGAAACGUUAUGAGGUCCUUGCAUGAUGAUGUUAAAAGAGAUACUUUACUUGUCGGCGAAUCACAAUAGAUCUUUUAGGUCGCAGUGACUACAGUUUCAUUAGGACUGCAUAGCUCCAAAAAUGUCAAAUAAUAAAUGAUAGUUGGGUAGUGACUUUCUUGCUUAUUAAUUUAAAAGUCUUAUGAUUUAGUAUUUUUAAGUGUGUAAGUUUUCGUAAGUAGGUACCUCAUGUUAUGCAGAGAAAUUAUAAAAGACUUCUCUUCAUAAUGUUAAGGUGAUAUUUAUUUAUUAUUCUGUUUACUAAUGAAAUGAUAAAUUAGUUAUAUUCCAAAAUCUUACAGUUGUAAACACAAAAAAUAAAAUUAAAAACUUAACUAAAAAGUUUGCAAAAAAUGAACUGUUAUCAUUGUGCUUCCAUGAUAAUGUUGUUUAAAAUGGAAAAGAUUUGAUCAGAGGUCAAGUUCGUGGCCCGCAUAAAGUGGCAGAUAACGAUAGUUUGAAUUAUAUGAUGAUAGCCGGGGUCAUCGAGACAAAGAUCAUUUUUGCUUACAUAUCGUAUUGGUGCCUACUCAGUAAUUAUUGCGCAGAAAUACAUCAUUUUCCUUUUAAUUUGUUAGACGAGGAUUGAAGAAAAAUAACCGUAGAUUUUAUUUUAAACCACCUAUUAGGUUAUUACAUUACUAUUUUAUUUUUAAGCAUCGAACAUGUUCAAAUUUUAAGAAAAUAUUAUUUAGGAAUAAUUCCACUCUGUACAGGUUUUCAUGUCUGAUGCCUGCACUUAUUAGAUUUUGAAAACCAUUCAUUAUCGACAACAGCGCAUUACAAACUCUCCUUGUAAUUUUUAUUCGUACAGUUUGAUGCUCUGUUGAUGUAAAUAUAAAACCAUUAACAAAAGAAGAGAAGCACCAUCCAUAGGUAGGAACAGAAUUCGCUAUUUCUUUAACUUUUAUUGGCACAGUUGUGCUAACACGGUUUAUGUAAUUAAACUGUGCAAACCACAAAUAAUUAUAAACACAAUAGCGAUUUUAAGAUCCUAUUAUAUAAUUUAAGUAUGUUUUUGUCGAUUUUAUGUUCUCAUCAUAUUUUGUGUCUCCUAAGGGAUCGUAGGGUCUAGUCCUCCAAGGAAUCUAUAGUUCAACCUUUACUAUUGAUGAAUUAUUUGUUACAUUGAGCAUAGGUUUCUCCUAUGUACUGCGGCGAUCUACCCUGAAGGGAUAGAUCCUGGGGACACAGUUUUAUUAAAUGGAAAACAACUUAUAUGUUUAACUCUUUUAUUUUAUUUUAAAUCAGGCGAAUAUAAUAAUUGAGCUUAAUCUAUCAACGUAUGGUUGGGUGCCUGAAGUCUAUCUCUUGGAAUCUUCUAUCAAACGACAGAGGAUUCCUAAUUUCAAAUAUUAAAAUCAUGACAUUAACUUUUUAAUAUAACUGGCAGCCGUAGGCAUUACAUGAAUAAAGAGUUUACCCAAACAAGGAGGCUGUAACGUAACACGUACGUACAGGUUAAAAUUUCUCGUUAGUAAUUUUUUAAAAGAAAGAAAAAUGUUUUUAUUAAAAGAACAUGCUGAAGACGUAAGAGCGUGAAUCAUUGGAAAACGGACGGACAUAAAAUUCAGUUUAGAAUUUGAAUACAAAACCAGUGUAACUGCAUUAACAUUUUUACAUGCCAAACACAAUUAAAAUUAUUAAAAAAUGUUUAUAAUGGAAUUUGCAUAAUUUCGACGCAUCUGAUUGUUCUAUUUUAAAUCGAUAAAUAUAUUGAGAGUUAACCUAUUAUUGUUGCAGAAACAACAGUACAAUGUCGACGGCAGUACAAAACAGCGUCAGCAUGUUGGAGGCGCGACUGAACGGAUGCAGCUUACAGAAAGGACAUGACACCAACCCACAGAAGGCUAAAGAGAUCAGUAUACAGAACGGACAUGACAGCAGUCUACCAAACGGACUAACCAAUGGAUUUAUCAAUGGACUAACCAAUGGACACACGGAAGUUUACCAGAAUGGCUUCCUACCACCUCCCCUGCAGAUUGACGACAAAGUGCGCGCCCAGAAGAUAACCACUCGUCUGUCGGGCAUGGUUUUGGGCGGGCGGGAGCUGGCUCGCGUGGGGGCGGUGUUCGAGAACGAGCUGCAGCGCGGACUGAGCGAGCAGCCCUCCAGCCUUCAGAUGGAGAACACAUACGUGCCAGAGCUGCCUGAUGGCACCGAGGAGGGUCUAUUCCUGGCUCUGGACCUUGGCGGCACCAACUUCCGCGUGCUGCUGCUUGAGCUGCGCGCCGGACAACUGGUGCGCGAGGACGUCAAACAGUACCAUAUUAGCGAUGCCUUACGUCUGGGGUCAGGCGAAGACUUGUUCAACUUCCUGGCUGAUUGUGUGUUGGACUUCGUGCGCUCUGAGGGCAUGGAGAAGGAGUCCUUGUCUUUAGGGUUCACGUUCUCGUUCCCGAUGCGCCAGCACUCGAUCCACUCCGGGGAGCUGAUCACGUGGACGAAGAGCUUCAAGUGCGGCGGCAUGGGCGGCGUGGACGUGGCGGCGCUGCUGCAGCGCUGCCUGCACGCGCGGGACCUCGACGUCACCGUGCGCGUGCUGCUCAACGAUACCACGGGCACCCUCGUCGCCGGCGCGCACAUCGACCCCGCUGUUGGGAUCGCGGCGAUCCUGGGCACGGGGUCGAACGGGUGCUACAUGGAGCGCGCGGAGCGCGUGCAGCACUGGGAGGCGGCGCACGCGCGCGUGCACGACGUGUGCGUGGACGUGGAGUGGGGCGCCUUCGGGGACAACGGCUGCCUCGACUUCAUCCGCACCGACGUCGACCGCGACGUCGACGCGCACUCGCUGCUCGCCACAUCCUUCACAUUCGAGAAGUACAUCGGCGGCAAAUACCUGGGAGAAGUGUUACGCGCGGCCCUGGCGGGUCUCGCGCGCGCGCGGCUGUUCCCCGCCGCCCCCGCGCCUGCCUCCCUGCACACCGCCGACAUCAGCGCCAUCGAGGAGGAGAGCUCACGAGGUGAAUGCGCAGAUACUCUGCGUAUACUGGAGGCAGCGCUCGGAGGAAAUGUGCGACUGUCGACGGAAGACGCGCGUGUCGCGCAGCAUGUCGCCGCCAUCAUCUCCAACCGCGCCGCGCAACUAGUCUCCGUCUGCAUAGCGACGCUCCUGCGCCGCAUGUCCCGGCCGUACGUGGUGGUGGCGGUGGACGGGUCCGUGUACAAGCGUCACCCGCGCAUCCAGGCCCUCAUGCGCCGAUACAUCGCCCUGCUCGCGCCGCAACACAGGUUCUCUCUACUGGCGGCGGAAGACGGCAGCGGUAAGGGUUCAGCGCUGACGGCCGCGAUCGCCGCGCGUAUUGCCGCACGCGCCGACUAG